AUAACAUAGAAUUAGAUGCGCACCUCCCCUCACACACGACACGCGGGCACUACCUCCCGCUGCGCGCACGCGCACAGCAACCCUUCGCUCACCGCUUGUUUUGGAGGCCCGCGUGGUCCUCUCCGAUUGGGCGCCGCCCCGCGCCGUUCCAAGUCCUCGCCCAGCCCAGCCGUGAGGGGGCGGGAUAUACUACAGCCCCCAGCAUGCCGCGCGGCGGGCUGCGGCGGCUAUCGCUGCGUGGGGGUUACUGCGCGCACUCGUCGGGGCUGUGGUGUCGGCGGCGCGCGGCGCCCCCGCCGGGAGGAGUUGGUGCUUCUGGCUCUCGCUUCGCCCGUCCGCUUCCUGUGGCAGUGGAGAGCGGGGUCGCCCUCCCCCGUCAGCCGCGGCGGGCGGAGCGGCGGGAGCAGCAUGAGCGGCGGCGGCGGCCGGAGCACAGCGGCGUGGGCACGGUGGGCGACGCGGCUGCUGGCAGCCCUGGGCUGCGUCCUGGCCGCGGAGGCCCAGCUCACAGGUGUCCUAGAUGAUUGCUUAUGUGACAUAGAAAGCAUUGAUGACUUCAAUACUUUCAAGAUCUUCCCCAAAAUACAGAAACUGCAAGAACGUGAUUACUUCAGAUAUUACAAGGUGAAUCUAAAGAGACCAUGCCCAUUCUGGGCUGAUGAUGGCCAUUGUUCUAUCAAAGAUUGUCAUGUAGAGCCUUGUCCUGAGAGCAAAAUACCUGUUGGAAUUAAAGCUGGGAGUUCUAAUAAAUAUUCAAAAGCUGCAAAUAAUUCCAAAGAAUUGGAAGACUGUGAGCAAGCUAACAAACUGGGAGCAGUCAACAGUACCUUAAGUAACCAAAGUAAGGAGGCGUUCAUUGACUGGGCGAGAUACGAUGAUUCGCAGGAUCAUUUCUGUGAACUUGAUGAUGAGAGAUCUCCAGAUGCGCAGUAUGUGGAUUUGCUGCUGAAUCCAGAACGAUACACUGGAUACAAAGGGCCCUCUGCUUGGAGAGUGUGGAACAGCAUCUAUGAAGAAAACUGUUUCAAGCCUCGAUCUGUCUAUCGUCCUUUAAAUCCACUGGCACCUAGUAGGGGAGGAGAUGAUGGAGAAUCUUUCUACACAUGGCUAGAAGGUCUUUGCCUUGAGAAAAGAGUGUUUUAUAAACUUAUUUCUGGACUUCAUGCUAGCAUCAAUUUACACCUGUGUGCCAAUUAUCUUCUUGAAGAAACCUGGGGGAAACCUCGCUGGGGACCAAAUGUGAAAGAGUUCACUCGCCGUUUUGACCCCAUUGAAACAAAAGGAGAAGGACCAAGAAGGCUGAAAAACUUGUAUUUCUUGUAUUUGAUAGAGCUGCGGGCUUUGUCAAAGGUUGCACCAUACUUUGAGCGUUCCGUUGUUGACCUUUACACUGGAAAUGGCCAUGAAGAUGCUGAAUCUAAAGCUCUCUUACUAGAAAUCUUCAGGGAUACGAAGUCCUUCCAUAUGCACUUUGAUGAAAAGUCCAUGUUUGCUGGAGAUAAAAAAGGAGCCAAAUCAUUGAAGGAAGAAUUCAGAUUGCAUUUCAAAAACAUAUCCCGCAUAAUGGAUUGCGUUGGAUGUGAUAAAUGCAGGCUGUGGGGCAAACUGCAGACUCAAGGCUUAGGAACUGCUCUGAAGAUUUUAUUUUCCGAGAAGGAAAUACAGAACCUUCCUGAGAAUAGCCCAUCAAAAGGUUUUCAACUAACGCGUCAAGAAAUAGUUGCUCUUGUAAAUGCCUUUGGAAGGCUUUCUACAAGUAUAAAAGAGCUGCAGAAUUUUAAAGUUUUAUUACAGCAAACAAGGUAAUGAAGGCCUUUGCAAAACCUCUUAGUGAAGACCAUUUACAUGACUGCAUUGAGCAGGAGGAACUGAUCCUUACAGGACUCCCAUGAACUGAUAAAAAGUAAAAUCAAAUACCAACUUGAAUAUUUAUGUUUAAACUAGGAAUGGUUAUUAAUUGGAAAAGAUAUUUAUGAAUGAAGUAUAUAGUUUUUAAAUGUGUAAAUUAUGCUGAUCUGUUUUAUGUUCUCUGCUCACAGUUCUGUUGUACUGAUACAUCAUAAGUUUUCUUCAUCUUGUGUUUCUGAGAAAGUUGUUUUAUACAAAAACAUAUGUACCUCAAUCCUGACUUGGUUUGUCCUGCAAGAGGUGGUUCACCCCUCAGCUCUCCCAGGUGCUGAGCAUCAGUAUGUUCGGAGGACCGGGUAUGCUGAUUCUAGCUGUCUAGAAGUAAAACCAGAAAAGGAAAUAAGGCUCUUGCUGAGUUCUGACUUCUUACUGUAAUAUGAACCUUAAUUUUACUGAGCAGAAAACUUCACUUUGUACCAAGCUCCUUUGCAUUGUGCUGGUAGCCGUUUUUUUUUUUCCCUUACAUGUUGCUUUUCAGGAGUUCUUACUUUCCUUAAAAGAACCACCUUCUCUCUGACACAGUACAGUUGUGACUCUUUUGCAGCCCCUUGGCAGCCUGCGUUUGCUUCAGGGGUCGGGGGGAGGGAAUGGGGGGAAGAUGGUUGGUGGAGCAUUGCUAGCUGGGAAGUUUUUUCAAUCAAGUUUGCAUCUAGCCCAUUUUAUUUUCUGGUUUGUAAUCACAGGUUCAGUUUCCAGAAGUUGUCCUUUCAAUGUCUAAGAUACUGAAACAGCGCAUUUUGCUGUCUGAGCAUUGAAAAUAGAUGUGCUUGUAAUGGGUUAUAUUUUAAUGGUGUGUUAGAAGAUCAGUGCAAAAAGGAAGAACUUGCUUUUAUAGUCACUUCAAAAAAAAAAAAAGCUUUUUAAAAUUCGUAAUCACACUGACAUUUAAUACUGCAUAUUAUAUCUAUGCAAUCCCUAACUGUACUUUCUUUAAAAAGAUAUUCAGCAUAAUAAAACGGGUAUGUUAAUAAUGUAACUUUCAUAAAUAAGAAAUUACUUGUGUAUCAUUAUCCACAAAUGUCAAUGGUAAUUUAUCAUUGUCCAAAACAGAAUUCAGAACAGCACUACUGACUAUUAGCAACCGAAUGUUGGUUUAAAUUUAAAAUGAAGUAAUUUUUUUGAAACCAUUGUGUUUCAGAGUGAAGUUAGGAGUUAAGAAUGUAGGAAGUGCUGGUACAGUGUAGAUACAUCUGUUGUUUUUUUUAAAACAAAGUGCUCUUAAACAUUUUUCACCCUACUGGAUCUUUAGUGACCUUUUAUAAUUUACUGUAAUUAUACUGGUUUCCGUAACAUGAUCCUUUACAGAGGAAAUUUUCCUGAAAGCUGGAUUGUGCUCUGUCCUUUGUUUCCAGACUAGACUCUGACUUGUAUCGUCUGGAAAUGAGAGACUGUCCUGCUGACAUUCCUUAUUUUGAAAGUAUUGUUUCCUGAGAAGCAAAACCCUCUUGAGUCAAACUGGGGUAAGCUAAAUGAAAGAAAAAAAAAAGAUUGGUGAUGGUUGCACAAAUUGACAGUUGAUUUCCAGUCCUUAUUUCCUGUUUAAGCUGGUAAAUAAAUUAGUGUGGUGUUAGAGAAAGCUAAUGCCAGCCUGGGGAUGUUAUGUUCUUAACUCAGCAGCCUCUCUUGCUUGUGGGCACCUGUCUGAGCAGGUCACCAUGGGAUCUCUUUCUAGUUAGUGGAGGAGAGCAGGUGGUGUCAAGGCGGGCUCACCUGGCCUUUUCUACGGUUGGUUUGACGUACUCUAAGAUACAAUAAUUUGCGCCUCAGAGUUUGCUUUCUCCGUUAACUUGAAAUGGAAAUCUAGAUGACUAGCUCAAAUGUGUACAGCUGUGUUGGAUCAGAUAAGUUAUAUGCUGAGAAUUGAAGUCUUCUGGGUUAUUGUGUAUAUUGUGUUUUUCAGUUGGUCAUUAUUUCCUACCCUGUUGGGUUGACCUGCAAGGGCUAGAAACCUGUAGGUUCACUCAAGUGAAGAAUCUUGUAUAGCUGAAAUUUAACUACUAUUAUAUAUUGCAGUGCCUAAAGCUUUAGGCAGGAUUUUCUGAUGGAAAAACAAUUUGUUAUCUGUGUUGCCCCAGAAUUGUUUCUUCCUUUAUUCCCCUACUUUGCUUCUGGGGGGAAAAUGAAUUGCUUCCAACCUUCUAGGGAUGCAACUUCUUGUUUUUGUUCUUCCGCCUGUGCCUGGCCAAAAUCUGUGGGCAUUGAAGCAGCACCAUAGUCUGGCACCAUGUAAUUGCUUAUGGGACGGGUGAGAGAUUGAGAGGUACAGAUCUUGUAUAUCUGCUCCUUAAAAUCUUCAUUGGCACAAUCCAGGCAGGGUCCUUAGAGUAAGGACAUGGAGAUGAGAAGUCUUUGUUUCUUUUCCUUUGUGUCAUGAAAACAUGAGUGCAACUGAACCAGGUAGUUCUAUGUGUAGGGAGGUUCUGUUGCAUUCAAAGGUAUAAUCCAGUUGAAACCAUGUUCCUGUCAUUUUUUUUACUGUAUUUGAUGUACAGUCUGGGACUAUGCUGCCUAUGAGGUUUUGCUCUGUGAGUUGGAUGACCUAGUUCUUUAUACAUUAACUUAAAUUUUAGGAAUUUACAGAUCUGUUUUUAUACGAAAAAAUAAGGUUAGAUACACUGUCCGUGAGCUGUAAACUAUUUUAAAUUCCAGCUCCUUAUUAGAGAUCAGCUUGUCAAUGUUGUCUGCCAUUCGUUUCAGACUAAAAUUACGUUUCCCUUUAUGAAUGACAAAAUGAUUGUAAUCGCACAGAUAGCGAGAAGACAAAGACGAAAACGCUUCGUUUUUCCUAAGUCAUGAAGACUUAAGUGAAAUGUUAAAAGACUUAGUGCAAACAGCAUAGCUGAAAUGUUUGUUGCUGAACAAACUUGCUCCUAAGUGCCAGAGGAAGAAGGUGAGAAUACAGAGUUUAAAAAGUAAAAUAUACAGUCUUAAGCUGGAAUAAUACGUUCUGCUACUUCAGCUGUUGACUUGUGUUAUAUGUCAUUGUAUAUGCAUGAAAUACACUGUGCCACACUUUGAGUUGUGUUUUGAUUGGGUCUUUAUCUGACCUUGCUUUGUGUUGGUUUUUUUCUGGGAAAUGAUCUGUAAUAUGUUGUAAAUAAUCUAGAUGCUUAUGUUUAUAAACUAGCAAUUGGCAACUCUCCACUUCACAAUCUCUCCAUAUAUCUAGCCUUUUAAAUUGUAAUAUUUAUUGAAAUCAAUGUUAGAACUGCUUACUGAGAUCUGAACACUUCUGAAUCUUUGCUAUGUUUGAAUCUAUGAGAUACAAAUUAAAGUAUUUUCUGCUAUAA